AGAGGCGAGGAGCAGGCGGAACGGGGAAAGGCGCUGGGCUUGAAGCCACUCGCUCAAGUUGACGGGGACGCGACAGAGGCGGCUCAGUCAGAGCGUUUCACUGACGUCGUGGCAUCAACACGCCGCGCAAAAGCUGGACGUCUCACGGAAAUCGCUACAGCCAAGUCCAUGCCUAUCACGCCUCUAGUGUGCACCGCCGGCACCAAGUUUAACAGUUCCGUGUCGCUGCCGAGCGACGGAGUGUGCGACUUCACGUUCUACGACUCCAUGCACGAGAACGGUCGAAACACUCUCCUGGGACCUUACGACGAAAACUUCGAGCACUUCGUCACCUUCGCUGGGAGUCACAGUCGAACGCAAUACGGCGUGGGACUGAACUACGGGACGGUGAGCGACAUCGCGAAAAUCUUCACUGGCAAUUCUGGGACAACCGUUAUCGAGAACCUUGAGAAGCGGAACACUUUUCACUACGGCUUCAUUAACACAGCAACGUGGGCUACCACUUACGAUCUGAAGAAUAUCCUGAGAGUGUUGAAGGUAGUGUCCACUCUAACUGCGGAUAGGGGAACGGGACGUCCGAGGUCAUACACCGCCUUUGCAGCCUCACUACAAAUGGCUGGCACGAUCGAAGAAGUGGCAACAAUAUUCAAGGAGAUGUACACGCCAAGCCUGAUCAUAUCAUACGGACACCUGUUUGCACAAGACCAGUUGUGGCCUGACUGCAACAUCUUGCCUCCGACGUUUUUAAUAGAGCCCGGUUCGCCCUCCUACAAGUAUAAUUUGGAGUCUGCAGUGAUAGACCUGGAGAGCCUACGCAACCAAGGUGUCACUUCCACAUGGGCCGUCUCCGUGGCCUCAUUCGGUCGCUGGUAUCAGCUGGUCUCUAGCGCCCCAGGGGACGCCUUGAACAACGUGGUGAACGGCAAAGCAUACACCCGUUUUGGAACGUGCAACGUCACAGCAAACACGCAGCAGUUGGCGAGCAUAGCGGAGGCUUGCCGCAAGACACUGUUGCGCAAUUGCAAAUACUCGGAGUCUCUCCAGUGCGAGUUCUGCCACGACACGACAACGAAGAGAAUGCUCAUGUACGAUAAUGCCAAGGCCCUUCGAAGGAAGCUGUGCCAGCUGAAGAAGCAGCAUUUGACGCUGAAGUACGGCAUAGCGGUGUACAGCCUGGAGUUUGCGGACUGGAGCAACGCUUGCAGAAGGCACGAGGCCUUCAACGAGCUGGCAGCCGUCAGGGCAGUCGUCGACUAUCUACCUCGCUUCGGUGCGGCAUCGAACGUGACCGCCUGCGUCGCGGCGACUGCCGGCUGAGUAGCACCAGUCAGCGGGUGCUAUCAUCAUCAUUUAUACAAUUUCGACUAGCUUGCUUUCCACUUCGAACGUUCGGGCCGCAACCACGAGAUAAUAAAAACGAUGACGUCUUUCGCUGAUACUACGAGUGAGUGCUCUCGCCCGAAAUGUAUAAGGGCCCAACGCACGGAGAAAAAACUCAGUGCCAUUUCACUCUGUGAAGGUGCAUUACCAG